UUGGAGAGGCCCAGUGGAAUGAGAGGAAAGCAAGGGACGCCGAAGAGGCGAAGAAGAGGAAAUGGAAUAAUUCGGGGCCACCCGACCAUUCUCGAAGGAACAACCACGGUGGUGGCGGUGGUGGCGGUGAUUCAUUCAAGGCGCCGGCUCCACCGGCAAAGAAGAAUAGGGAUGCGAGGUGGCACGGACCUAGGCCACAGAACUCGGGGCCACCUAGAUGUCCCAAUUGCUCAAAACAACACUUUGGGAAGUGCAAUGAACCACCGAGGUGUUUUAAGUGCGGGAAUGCGGGCCAUAUGAAGGCCAAUUGCCCUCAAUUGAUGCAAGAGAGUGCCUCAGGAGCCGGGGGAGGGACCAUGACGGGAAGGAACCGUGCGGGACCGUCAAACGGCGGCACGGGAAGAGGCGGUGCAUCCACAAGCCAUGCCGCAUCCGUCAACCAAGGUGGGACCCAAACACGAGUCUACGCGAUGACCGAGGCGGAUGCGCGAGCAAACCCGGACUCCGUUGCAGGUUGAAGCUAGGGCUUGCUACCUGCACCUUUCUACGGGUGACAUCAAAUCAAGGAAGACGUGGUUCGUGCUUCCUCAUUUUGUUUCAAAGUACCAAACAUUGCUCAUGGAUAUUUUUAUUUGUUAUAAACCAUUUUUGGGGUUGCAUGCUCAUGUUAUUGGCCGGUUGUGGCUUAUGACUUACCGUUGAAUAUUUCCGCUAUUCAUUGGUUUAAAUGUGAUGUUGUUAUGUAUGUUUA